GCCUGCGCCGACGCGGGGCUGCUGCUGGUUGGUCGGCACGUGGAACCUCUCCUGGUCCUGUUGACCCGGGCCCCUCGGAAUCUCCAGCUUGGUCCGGUCCGGGACUGGACGCCCGCCAUGGCGGCUACUGCGGCAGAAACGCGCAUGUUUCUGGAGGUGCGGAGACAGCUGCAGAGCGCGCUGCUGAUCCUGGGAGAACCGAAAGAAGGAGGUAUGCCCAUGGAUAUUUCCAUAAUGCCAUCUUCACUCCAGAUGAAAACCCCUGAAGGCUGCACAGAAAUCCAGCUUCCAGCAGAGGUCAGGCUUGUACCUUCCUCUUGCCGUGGGCUACAGUUUGUUACUGGAGAUGGACUGCACCUGCGGCUGCAGGCGCAAGCAGAAUUAGGCACAAAACUGAUUUCAAUGUUUAAUCAAAGCUCGCAAGCCAGAGAAUGUUGCACAUUUUAUUGCCAAUCCUGUGGUGAAGUCAUAAUAAAAGACAGGAAGCUCCUCAGGGUGCUCCCACUGCCGAGUGAGAACUGGGAAGCUCUAGUUGGAGAAUGGUGUUGUCAUCCUGACCCCUUUGCUAAUAAACCACUUCAUCCGCAAGAGAAUGACUGUUUUAUUGGAGACUCUUUCUUCUUGGUGAAUUUAAGAACCAGUUUGUGGCAGCCAAGACCUGAACUAUCCCCAGUGGAGAUGUGCUGUGUUUCUUCUGACAACCAUUGUAAAUUGGAACCAAAGGCAAAUACCAAAGUAAUUUGUAAGCGUUGCAAGGUAAUGUUGGGAGAGACCGUGUCAUCAGAAACCACCAAGUUUUACAUGACAGAGAUAAUCAUUCAGUCAUCUGAGAGGAGUUUCCCCAUCAUACCAAGGUCUCGGUUUGUCCAGAGCGUGAUCACCCAGUGUCUGGUGCAGCUCUCCUCUGCUAGAAGUACUUUUAGAUUCAGGAUUCAAGGUCAGGACGACAAAGUGUAUAUCUUGCUGUGGCUUUUAAAUUCAGACAGUUUGGUGAUUGAAUCAUUGAGAAAUUCUAAAUAUAUCAAAAAAUUCCCAUUGUUGGAAGACACAUUGAAAGCAGAUUCUAGUUCUGCCUGGAGUGCUAUCAAGGUCCUCUACCAGCCAUGCAUCAAAAGCAGGAAUGAAAAACUUGUCAGCUUGUGGGAAAGUGACAUCAGCGUCCACCCGCUAACCCUGCCCUCUGCAACCUGCUUGGAGCUGCUGUUGAUAUUAUCAAGGAGUAAUGCCAAUCUGCCUUCAUCCCUUCGCCAUAUGAAUUCCUUUCAGAAGAACAUAACUUACCAUAUGGACAGAGACUGCUGCUGUUUGGAUUCCCAUGGAUACCUUUAUCCAGCAUUUUGUCAGAGGGGAAAUUGCCUUAUACAUAAUCUGAAAUAAUUGAAAUAAUUGAAAGUAUAAUGAGAGCCAAUAUUUAGAAGCUCCCUUGUGCUUCUUUCUACUCUGCAAAUAAAAUGAUCACUGAAUGCAUUCAUGUUUUAAAAUUUAAGCAGACUUGGUAAAUGAAUCUUGUUUUCUAAAUGUGCAGAGGGGCUAAUAUAAGGUGGUUGGUGUCCCUAGAACAGGUGUUAAAAGAUCUUUUUAAGCUUCUCGAUACAUUUGCAAAUUUACCAUCAUGAAGUGGCAAUUUGCAGUGUAGAGCUGAUUACAGAAAUCAGGAUAUAGUUGAAAUGCAUUUUUUAAAAAUUCAUCAUAUUAUUGCCUAUUCCUCUGCUUUUUUAGGAUACAUACAACAACAUUAAUAAUGUUCUCAGAAGUCCCUGAGAGAUUUGUUGCCUUGUUUUAUUUUUAGUGAUUGACAGGAAUUGGCUUUAAAAUGAAAGUCAUUCAUAUGUGAUUCCCAGGAUCCAUUUUAGCAUCUGACCAAAUUUUGCAUUCUUAUUCAUCAUUUUAAAAAGCAAGACUUUAUUUUUAUAGCAGUUUUAGGUUCACACAAAAAUUAGGAGGAAGGUUCAGAGAGUCUCAUAUACCCCUUACCUCUACAUAUGGAUAACCUCCUUCAUUACAACAUCCCCCACUAGAUGGGUACAUUUGUUACAGUUGAUGAACCUACAUUGAUACAUUCUUACCACCUAAAGUCCAUAGUUUACAUUAGGGUUCACUCUUGGCAUUGUACAUUUUAAGACUUUGAAAAAAUAUAUAAUGACAUGUAUGUACCAAUAUAGUAUUAUACAGAGUAAUUUCACUGUCCCUAAGAAUACUCUGUGCUCUACCUGUUCAUCCUUUCCUCCCCCCACAACUACUGGCACCCACUGAUCUUAAUACUGUCCCUAUAGUUUUGCUUUUUUCCAGAAUGGCAUUUGUCUUUGUUCACAGAUGCCAUGAUUAUCUUAUUUAAAAAAUCCUGAAGAAUUAAAAAAAAAAGAAACCUCUCAAAACUAAUAAGUGAUUAUAAUAAGAUUGUAGGAUACAAAGUUAAUAUACAAAAGCCAAUUAUUGCCUUCCUACAUACCAGCAAUGGAUAAGUGAAAUUUGAAAUUAAAAACAGUACCUUUUACAUUAGCCCCCCAAAAUUGAAAUAUGUAGAUAUAAAUCUAGCAAAAUAUGUAUAAGAUCUCUUUGAAGAAUACUGUAAAACUCUGAUGAAAGAAAUCAAAGAACUAAAAAAAUGGAGAGAUAUUCCAUGUUCAUGGAAAGGAAGACUACAUGUGGUCAGGAUGUCAUUUCUUUCUAACUCUAGAUUCUCAAUCCAUAGAUUCCAUGCAAUCCCAAUGAAAAUCUGAGCAAGUAAUUUUGUAUACGUUGACAAACUGAUGCUAAAGUUUAUAUGGAGAGGCAAAAUACCCCAACUAGCCAACAUAAUAUUGAAGGAGGAACAAAACUAGAGGACUGACACUACCCUACUUUAAGACUUAAUAUAAAGCUACAGUAAUCACCACCAGUGUGGUAUUAGUGGAACACACACACACACACACACACACACACACACACACA